AUGGAGAAAGAAGGCACUCAUCAAGGGGGCCCAAAAACCGCCGGAAUAGUCUCAAGUGAUUCUGACUCUCACAGACUUUACUUCAAGGGUUUGGUAAGGGAGGACACAAGAGGGUUUCUGGCAGGAUUUGGGGUUGCAAUAUGCGACAAAGAUGAUAAACUCGUGUUUCAGAUGAAAGGAUCACUUCAUUACUCCCCCAUUACAGUUUUGGAGGUUGAGCUUAAGGCACUCAAGCGAGGACUAACCGAAGCUGUGAGUUUGGGGAUCACUCAUAUCUCAAUAUGCUGCGAUCAUAAUCAGAUUUUUGAACUGGUCUUGGGAAGAUCCGUGCCUGAGAAAGAUAGCAUCCGCUUGCUAAUGGAAGAUGUGGAACGCAUCAGACAACAACUGACAUGUAGCAACCCUGUUCUAGUGACUGGAAACCAAACUCAGAUUGCUUACAAGCUUGCCAUGGAAACACUGGUUUCUGAGAUCAGCAUAUCUAUGCCUCCUCCUGCUGAUCUUCACAAGAGGAAGACUUGCUGUUCCGAUGAUGAUCACAAGAAGCGGAAGGAGUCUUGCGGUAUCUGUUUCGAAGAUGGUUUAGAAGCCGAGCACAUGUUUUAUGUUGCUGUAUGCCGUCACCAAUUCUGCGUGGAGUGCAUGAAACGACACCUAAGGUUGUGUCUACUCAUAGGUCGUUCGUUGACAUGCCCUCAUGACGGUUGCAACUCUAAGUUGACUAUUAAAAGCUGUGCCAAUCUUUUGGAACCUAAACUGAGAACCGUCUGGGAAGAAAGGAACAAAGACGACUCGGAGAAGAUUAAAUCGUGGCUUGAAUGUAAAAAGUGCCAGAACAUGACUGGAUUCGAUUAUGAUGACAGCCAAGUAACUUGCAGCUGCUGUGGGUACUCGUUUUGCUACGAAUGUGGAGUCGAAUGGCAUGGUUGCCCUCAUGAUAGGCGUAAUGAUCAUACGGGGCUUUGGUUCUGUUUGAUUGGUUUCUUAUUGUGUAUUGGUUUAUUCUUGAUAAGUUUGAGCUCAGUGAGAAAAUGA